AUGGCUUCCCUCGGCGACCUCUCUAAAAAGUACUCGUCCCAGCUCAAGCAGCUGCAAGGCAUUUUCCCGUCCUGGGACGAAGAGGACCUUCUCUUCACGCUCCAGGACUCAAAGGGAAACAUCGAGGAGGCUGUUCUUGCCAUCUCCGAAGGCCGUGCGUCUCAAUUCACCGAAGCUACCAAGAAGAAGCCCGCCAAGUCGGCCCAGUCCCACAAGUCUCACAGACAUGACGGUGGAUCAGGUUGGGAGAAUGUCGACUUUGCUAGCGGAGCUCGCGGUGGACGCGGUGGUGGUCGCGGUGGACGUGGUGGAGUGCCCCGAGGCAUGGCGGCUGUUCGUGGAGCUCGUGUUGGACGCGCCGGAGCUAGGGGCGGAGCCCGCGGUGGAUUUACCGGCGUGAACGGCGGUGCUAAGAAGACUGACGGUGGACCUUCUGAUGCUUGGCCCACGACGACCGAGACCACUGUUGAGGGCUGGAACAACCAGGUUGAGCAGUCUGAGAAGGCUUCCCAGCACGAGGACGACGAGGACGAUGGAGGCUGGGGAGUCUCCGAUGACACUCCUGCCCCCGCCAAGCCCUCGACCGCUACGGGAGCCUGGGGAGCCGGUGCUCCCAAGCACCAGCAGCAGAAGAAGGCCGCUCCUGCCGACAAGCCGGCACCCGCGCCCAAGUCCGCUCCUCAUGCCCCUGCUAAGGAGGUGAAGGAGCCUGCCCCCGCUGCUCCUGCUGUCCCGGCUAAGAAGACCUGGGCCCAGAUUGCCAAGUACGUUACCAGCCAGUACCCCAUUGCUGACCACAGGCCCAUCGAGAAGCCCAAGCCCACUCCUCCCCCCGCGCCGAAGGCCGAGCCUAAGCAGCCCGAAGAGCCGAAGCCGGAGGAGCCCAAGGAGGAGAAGGAGGCUCCCGUUGAGGAGGAGCAGAAGCCCGAGGAGGAGAAGCCCGAGGAACCUACGACUGAUGCCCCCGAGCCUUCGACGGAGCAGUCGGCUGCUACGACUGCCGCUCUCGACGCCCCCACUGAGGACGAAGCCGCCAAGUCUAACGGCCCUGACGCUUCCGAGAAGUCCGAGGAGCCCCAGUGGGCCUCUGACCCCGCCAUCGUCGGAUCCGCUUCCGCCCCUGCCCCCGCUCAGCAGGCUGCCCCGGCCGCCGCCGCUCCCGAGCCUGUCACGACCUACACCGGCCCUCCCGGAUUCAACCCUAUCGCCUCCAAGGCUGUCGGCCAGCAGCAGCAGCCCCGCACCAACUCACGAUCUGCUCAGCGGUAUAAGAAUGCCGACGGUCAGGCUGUUGUUCUCCCUGCCGCUGCCAGCGGUGUCUCUGCCGUCGAGGUUCAGUUCGGUAGCCUGAGCUUCGGUGGCCUGAACGGUGACGGCGUCGAGGCUCCCGUUCAGGAGCCCUCUGGGCCUGCUGCCCAGGCCGACACCGCCCGCCCCACCCACGCCGCUUCUUCCACCACCCCCUCCAACACCUCCGCCCCCGCUCCCUCUCAGCCUUCCGCCCCUGCCGCUCCUGCCGCCCAGGCCCCCGGCGCCUCUGCCUGGCCGCAGCAGCAGCAGCAGCAGCCCCAGCAACAGCAGCAGGCCCAGCAGCCUCAGCACCCUGCUGGAUUCCCUCCCUCGCACACUCUGCAGCAGCAGAUGUCCGCUUACCAGUCCUACGGCCAGCAGCAGCAGCAGCCCCAGCACUCUGGCCACGAGGCCAGCACUCCUCAGCAGCAGCCCCAGCAGCACUCGCAGUUCGGUGGCUACCGCCAGCAGCAGGACUACUACAACCAGAUCGGCUCGCAGCAGGGUCAGCAGAACCAGCAGAACCAGCAGCAGCAGAGCCAGCAGCAGACGCCCGGCGCCUCGUCCGACUCGCAGUCGCAGCAGCCCCCUGCUCAGCAGCAGCAGAGCCAGCCUCAGCAGCCCCAGCAGCAGCACUCGUACGACCAGGGACACUUUGGCGGAUUCGGCGGACAGCAGCAGCUCUUCGGCCAGCAGCACGGCCAGCAGAACGAGUACGGCCACCGCGGCUUCGACUCGUACUCGAACACUGGCUACCCCCGCCCUCCCACUGACGACAACAAGGCUGCCCCUGCUCCCUCGCACACCUCGGCCCCUGCUCAGCCUCAGCACCAGCAGCACGGCGGCUACUACACCAGCCACCUCGGCAACAUGGGCUACUACCAGUCUGGUCCCUACAACCCCUACUACCAGUACGGCCAGGCCCCCACCCCCGGCUUCCAGCAGUACUACCCCAUGGCCGGCCGCAACCUCUACGGCCAGCCCGCUCCCCAGGCGCCCCCCGCCCCGAUCCCGAACAAGCCGACUCCCCCGGCUGCUCACCACUCGCCCUACGGCGGACCCCAGGGCUACCCCUCGUCGUCUGGCUUUGACGACCAGCCCUACGGCCUUGGCCGCUUCGGUGACAACAAGGCGGGCGGUGCUCCCCAGGGUGCCGGUGCCACGCAGGGCCAGCAGACUCCCCAGCCCAUCGGCGCUUCGUACCCGGGCCAGCAGGGUCUGCACAACUUCCUCGGCGGUUCUGGUUCGACCGGCUCGGCGCAGCCCAACCGCCCCCAGGCGGGCACGCCCGAUGACGGCUUCAACAAGAACCAGACUGGCGCGUCGAACACUUCUGCUCCCGGCGGAGCGUCGGCCGGCGCCCGCAACCAGCCGAACCAGCCCCAGCAGCAGGCGUUCGCGUCGUACCCCUACGGCGGAUACCAGAACCACGACUGGUCGCCGUACGGCCAGCAGCACUACUCUGGCUCGAGGAACGGCGGCUACUCUGGCUGGCAGCAGUAA